AUGUCGAAGAAGCAGCCUCUCUCGGUCGCCGAGAUCCUCGAGAAGCAGAAGCAGGAGUCGGCACUCAGACCGCGCUUCCUCUCCAAGGCCGAGCGCGCGCAGAAUGCACAGCAGGACAAGGAGGAGGAAGAGCGUAAGCGAGCCCUCAAGCAGCAGGAGGACCUCCGAAAGCGACAAGAGCUCGAAGUACAAGCGCGAUCCGUUGCAUCGUCAUCAAGGCAAGAUGAUCGCUCGCAAUCACGUCCGUCAGAUCGCCAUCGCCGCGACGCCAACGAUCUCGACUAUGGCUCUGCUGAACCCAGGCACGAUUCCACUUCGCGAAGAGCGACAGAGGCGAAUGGUCUUCACCACAACGGCAAUGGCACACGCGCUGCAAGUGAAAGCUCUAGAGAUGCAACACCAGCGCUUAAACCCUCAGACAGAUCGAGCGCACCACUGACCGAGGCCGAGCAGGAGGCGAUCCGCAGGCGCUACCUCGGGCUCAAAGACGACAAGAAGAAGCCGAGGCGCAAGCCCACGGACAAAAAGUUCGUCUUCGACUGGGGCGAGGACGACGACACUGCAGCCGACUCGCUUGCGGUACAGAUUCAGUCGGCUGCCCAGCACGCUGCGCCCUCGCAUCUCGUCGCACCUCGCGCCAACGGCACGGGCGCGCCAUCGCACGUCGACCCACUGGAAGCUUCGCUGGGCCGAGCUGCCAGGCGGUUCGACGACAAGCACUGGAGCGACAAGACGCUCGAGCAGAUGAAGGAGCGCGACUGGCGCAUCUUUCGCGAGGACUUUGGCAUUUCCGCUCGGGGCGGCAACAUCCCGCGGCCCUUGCGCUCGUGGCGCGAGUCGUCGAUCCCACCCAGCAUCCUCGCCACGAUCGAAGAGAUCGGCUACACCGAGCCCUCACCCAUCCAGCGUCAGGCGAUCCCUAUCGGUCUGCAGAACCGCGACCUGAUUGGCAUUGCCGAGACGGGUUCGGGCAAGACGGCGUCGUUCCUGAUCCCGAUGCUCGCGUACAUCUCGCAUCUGCCCAAGCUGGACGAGAACACCAAGGCGCUCGGACCGCAGGCGCUGAUCCUGGUCCCCACGCGCGAGUUGGCACAGCAGAUCGAAGGCGAGACGAACAAGUUUGCCCCGCGGCUGGGGUUGCGAUGUGUGUCGAUUGUGGGUGGACGCGAUAUGAACGACCAGGCAUAUGCACUGCGCGAUGGAGCCGAGAUCAUCAUUGCCACACCGGGACGACUGAAGGACUGCAUCGAGCGGCAUGUGCUUGUGCUCAGCCAGUGCACCUACGUCGUGAUGGACGAAGCGGAUAAGAUGGUCGAUAUGGGCUUCGAGCCGCAGGUCAACUUUAUCCUCGACUCGUUGCCCGUUUCGAACCUCAAGCCGGACUCGAGUGUGGCCGAAGAUCCGCUGCAGGAUGGUGUGGGCAAGUAUAGGGUUACGAUGCUGUAUUCCGCCACGAUGCCUGCGAGUGUGGAGCGAAUGGCGAGGGUGUAUCUGCGUCGUCCGGCGACGAUUACGAUUGGAAAUGCCGGACAGGCUGUGGCGAGUGUAGAGCAGAUUGUCGAAUUCGUCGCCAACGAGGACCAGCGUCGACAACGCUUGAUUUCCAUCCUUCAGCGUUCCUCCCACCUCGUACCCAUCAUUGUCUUUGUCAACCAAAAAAAGGCUGCCGACAUGUUGUCGGGUUCACUGGUUCGGGCAGGGUUUUACGUUUCCACGCUGCACUCUGGUAAGACGCAGGAGUUGCGAGAGGAGGCGCUUGCGCAUCUUCGUGACGGCACGACGCAGGUUUUGGUGGCAACGGAUCUGGCGGGUCGUGGUAUCGACGUCCCCAACGUCGGUCUGGUCAUCAACUUUGCCAUGCCCAACAACAUCGAGGCCUACGUCCACCGCAUUGGCCGAACAGGCCGUGCGGGUAAGACCGGAACUGCAAUCACCUUUGUAGACCAGGCAGACUCGGAUCUCUUCUACGACCUCAAACUCGAACUCACAAAGUCCAAACUCAGCACCGUCCCUCAACAGCUGGCACGCCACCCUGCUGCUCAACAUCGUCCCAUCAAAGACAGCCAUGUCAAACGCAAACGCGAAGACGAAGGCUAG